AUAAUAAAUUAAAAACAAGAUUUAGGAUGUUUAGGUGGCUCCCUUGCCCAGGUUUUCCCCACAUCUGGGCGUUAGUCCUAUGUAGUAAAUAAAUAGUUGUGGUUGGUUUGCAUUUUGAUUCAGAAAUAACCUUUUCAUUUCAGAAUUCUCAGGGAUAAUGCUUUGACGGAGUUACAUAAGGAUUCAUUUGAAGGCUUGCUGUCCCUCCGGUAUUUGGACUUAUCCUGCAAUAAGAUACAGUCUAUUGAGAGACGUACAUUUGAAUCACUACCCUUUUUGCAAUAUGUAAAUCUUGGUUGCAAUUUAAUCACAGAAGUGAGCUUUGGAACGUUUCAGGCCUGGCACGGAAUGCAGUUUUUACACAAGUUAGUUCUCAGCCGUAAUCCUUUGACAACGGUUGAAGAUUCUUAUCUUUAUAAAUUACCAGCAUUAAGAUAUUUAGACCUGGGAACGACGCAAGUGUCACUUACAACAGUUGAAAGUAUCCUCAUGAUGACCCUUGAAUUGGAGAAACUGAUCUUGCCUAGCCAUAUGGCUUGCUGCCUCUGCCAAUUUAAAAGUAACAUUGAAGUUGUCUGCAAGACAGUCAAGCUGCAUUGUGACAGAUGCCUGAAAAACAGCACACGUUGUGAUAAAGAGACAUCUCUAGGGGAUGUAGAAGGAUCGUUCAUGAAGGUGUUACAAGCCCGGAAGAAGAACACCAGCACCGAGCUGAUGAUUGAACCAGAGAGGCCGUCCUCAGACAAGAGUGGUGUCAGCUUGUCGAGCUUCAUGAAUGAGCAGUUGGACUUUAGUGACGAAAGUGAUGUUAUCAGUGCACUCAAUUACAUCCUGCCGUAUUUCUCAGAGGGAAAUCUAGAAGAUGUAGAAUCAACAUUACUGCCAUUCAUCCAGCUUCUGUUUUCAAAUGUAGCAGAGGCAGACAUCCCACCGGGCCACUUGAAAACCCACACCGGGAACCCUCCUGUUAACCCUGAAUCCGGCACGUCAGGUUAUACAAAUAAAUUGAGGCAACUCCGUUUUCUGGAAAAUUUGUUAGAUGCAGAAAUUCAAGAAAAAAUUGAUGAAGUUAUGAAGAAAGAAAAAACUGCCAUGCUUAUAUAUUCCAACAUUUUAAGUCCAAAACUGAGACGCCAGAUCCUUCGAAAGAAAUUGGAAACCGCCCGAACACAGGCAGAGAGCCUCGAGGAGAUUGAGAGCGUAGACAAAAGGCCGCUGAAGGUGAACAGGGUCCUCAAGGGCCCGAGGGGCAUAAAGAAAAGGCACUUCAGAGCAAUGAGAAGGCAGAGCAUCAGGAGAAAAGAGACCGCCCAGCCAUUUGUAGAGACCACUACCAAAGGAAGCAAGCUCGGGGGGCCCUCCGCCAGGGAACUGGAACAGCUGUGGGUGGUGCAGAGGCCCAGGAAGCGAGUGGCAGACUCCUUGCAAAAAGAGCCUUCAUUCGGAAGGGAACAUAAAGCAGAAGUCUCUUCUUUCCUGAAACAGUACUCGAGGGGCAGGCCUGCUGCCUCUAUCCAUCCAAAAGCCCCAGCAACGGUCAAAAAGACAUCAGAGGACCUGUCGGACACACUUUUUGUUCUGGUAGAUGCCAAUGCGAGAGUCAAGAAUAGGAAGGCUUCUGAGACAAUCUCAUAUCCCAGAAAAAUAGACUCCUUCCAUCCUUCUCACUCUCCUGUGCUUCACAGAACACCUGAGCCCCAAAACAGACAGGCCUUCAGAGACAAAGGCUCAAGCUACAGACUGCUGCUUGCAUUGAGGCCUCUGUCCUCUGCCGUGAGGAGCCUCAUAAACUCCCCUUCACAAGAGGCUUCCUCACCUUCAGGAGAACUGACUCUUCAGGAACAGCCUUCUCCAGAAUCCUUUUCUCCUUCAGAACCUUCUACAGAACACAUUAUCUCAGAAAAAGAUACUCCGCAAGUUGUUUUUGAAGAACUUCCUACUUCAGGAACAACUACUUUGUCGGGACCUAUCCCUGGACCCACUGCCCAGGGGACACUUCCUACAGAAUAUUCUGCCACGACUGCAGACAACGUCAUGCCCACUGGUCAACACACCAGCGCAAUCCAAUGGGAGCACCACAAUGUGGGCACCGACGUGGCCUCUACGCCCACAAGCUUCAUUUCCCCAGGAGUUUCCUCCCCGGGGAGUCAGUUUGAAGCUCAGCUGAACCAGCAGCUUCAGUCCCUCAUCCCCAACAAUGACGUGAGGCGGCUCAUUUCUCAUGUUAUCCGGACGUUGAAGAUGGACUGCUCCGAGCCCCAAGUGCAGCUGGCCUGUGCCAAGCUCAUCUCCAGGACAGGCCUCCUGAUGAAGCUUCUCAGUGAGCAGCAAGAAGCCAAGGCGUCCAAGGCAGAAUGGGAUACGGACCAGUGGAAAACCGAGAACUACAUCAACGAGAACACAGAAGCCCAGGGGGAACAGAAGGAGUCGAGUGAGCUCACAAAAGAUGUUCCAGGAUAUGGGUAUAAUAACAAACUCAUCUUGGCAAUAUCUGUGGCUGUAGUGCUGAUGCUUUUGAUUGUAAUUUUAUGUCUCAUCGAGGUUUAUUCCCGAAGGAGAACAUUACGGGAAGGGAAAGUAGGACGCAGAAGGGGCUUUUUCGGAUUUCUGCUGCGUAAGAGACGCUCAGGAGAAAGCGAGAGCGAGGGGUUUUUCUGGAGAAGGCGGCCACUCUGGCUUCGGGAUACGUACAGACCUCUCAGUGCUACGCGCAAGAAAAACAUGGCAGAGAAGCUGCACGAUAAGGAGUCUUCUGAUGAGGAAGAGAUCUUCCACAAGGGUGCAGGGGAGGUCAGUGAAGCCCCGGCAGAUGUGAUUCUGACCAUAGAAUCGGAUGUGGAAGACCUGGGGGAGGAGACUGACACGGCACCUGAGGGUCCUCCCGAGUGAGCCCCGUCCUGGCUCAGGCCACCUGCAGAGUAUAACCCUCGAUUCUGGGAAUUGCUUUUAAAAUAUUAUUAUUUUUUUUUUUUUGGUCUUUUUUUUGUCUUUGUUGUUGUUGUUGUUGUUGUUGCUAUUUCUUGGGCCGCUACCGCGGCAUAUUGAGGUUCCCAGGAUAGGGGUCAAAUCGGAGCUGUAGCCACCGGCCUACGCCAGAGCCACAGCAACUCGGGAUCCAAGCCAGGUCUGCAACCUACAUCACAGCUCACGGCAACGCCGGAUCGUCAACCCACUGAGCAAUGGCAGGGACCGAACCCGCAACCUCAUAGUUCCUAGUCGGAUUCGUUAACCACUGCGCCACAACAGGAACUCCUAAAAUAUUUUUUUUGUCCUUUUAAAAUAUACAUUGAUAAGCAAUUCUGGCCAUGUGGUGAGGAAUUAAAAUGGAAACAGCUGAAUUAUUUCUAUGCCAGUCACAAGGGCCACAGGCAAGAAAACGCAGCGCUGAAGCUAGAACCCCUCGUGGUAGCCAGUAUUUCCACAGGAGGAAAUGUGGGCCGAGGAGGAGGAAGGGGAGGAUGAAGCGGGGCUUCUCUCCCUCGUUGCCCCAGUAGCAUCAGUCCCUGGGAACUUGCAAACAUGUCAUUCUCAAGGGGCGUCGAGGGUUCAGUUAUGUAACAGCGUGUCCUGGUGCUCUCUCUCUCCUGGUUCCUCAAGUACCAGUUGUUUACAGCAUGUUUACAGGCCCUAACAAGCAAAAAAAAAAAAAAGGAGGAGGAGGUGUGAGAGCAGCCACUGCCCAAGACGGCUCUCCUCAGGCCUCACAAGGGCCUCCCUGGCCUCUCCUGACCCCGCUGAGGGUCUGCCGUGUGCCGCUCAGCCCAGCACCAAACCUUCCCACUUCCUCCCUCACCCAGCACAGGCCUACGGCUGCAAGAUUCCAAGUGUUUAUGUAAUGCCAGUAGUUGCAAAGGCUCUUCUGCUCCUGCAAAGACGGUCAUUAUUCAGUCACAUUAAGUCCACGAGAGGUAAAUACAUUAGGGAGUAAAAGACA